AUGAGGCCAUCCAUUCUUCUGGCACAUGCCUACUUGCUCAUCGUGCCUCUCACGCCACCGACUAAGGCCUGGGCCGUGGGCUUCUACGGCGGCCAGAAUUGCUACAACGAUGCGGACUUGAGCGACAUUCUAUACCAAGGCAGCGGCAAGAAGGGUCAUACACAAUGCCUAUACGUUAGUGACACCGCUGAAGACGUAAUUUGCGAGAGUAUGAGUUGCCUCGAUAUUGAGGGUGGGGAAAGGAUCUGCUAACACGGUCUCACGCAGUAUGCGCACAACGGCGGCGCCGAGCAACUUAGCUGUAUAUCAUAUUGGGUAGCCAUUAACCAUCGCAAGCUGGCCGACAGGGCGCUCACGUUGUUGCUUUAG